GUCAGCGCUGCUUCUAAACUGGUUGUCAGCUGAGAGAAGCUCACACUUCUCCCAGCAGCAGAGGGGUGCAGAGGUGGAGAAUCAACUAAAUUUCCAAAAGUAAACACAAUGGGAAUCCACCAAAAGCAACUCUGGUCUUUUAUAUUUCUACAAGGUUUCCUUACUGGAAAUUUAGUUGAUUCUUCAGCUCUGCCCUCCGUUGCGAACCCUGUGCCCGUCUUGACCGAGGUGGGGAACCAGGUGGUCCUUCCCUGCAGCUGGAAGGACUCCCAGAAAGAAGUGUCAGCGUCCGGCUGCCACAUCCAGUGGAUGACUCCGCCAUACACUGUGUUCGAACAACUUGGAGAAGACAGGUGGCAGGCGGCGGAGUACGAGGGCCGGGUGGAGGUGCCUCUGGAGAAACUCAACUCCGGGGAUUGUUCCCUAAUCAUCAAGGACGUUCAGAUCAGCGACACGGGGAGAUACGAGAGCUUCAUAGUGGUGGAUGGCGUGAGGUCCCAAAAGAGCAGAGUUUUCAUUCAGAGUGUCAAAUUGUCUGUGACAGACCACAAAUCCCAGAAGAGUCUUUACCAAGGGGACGACCUGGUUUUGAAUCUGUACACCCCCCACUCAUAUGCAGUGGUCUUCCAGAGCAGAAACAGUUCGGAGUGGGUGAACCUGUGGAAGAGAGGGGAUGAAAACAACGAACGCAUAGAAAAACAUCAUCAGCUUGAACAAUUAACCAUAAAGAAUCUACAAUACUUCGAUGAAGGAAUAUACAAAGUUUUGGAUCAGGACGACCUCUCUGUCAGCACCAUAAAGCUGUCCAUAAAGGAAAACUCCCCGUCAUCGAGAAUCCAAGAAAAGCGGGAACAAAUUCUGAUAGAUGCUGCAGCUACAAGCAGCUGUUCAGCGCUUCUCUUGUCUGUUCUGUUAUUGUGUUCCCACAUUAUUUAUCUUCAUUGAGACAUAUUUUUCUGGAACCAUAUAUACAGACUUUAACACUCUCUGACCAGCAGACAGAGAGGAUUUGUAAAUAGGAGAAGAAACAGUGAGCCUUGCAAUCUUACGCACGAUUGUAAUCAAGAAAUACUUCUAUUAGUGGUCUGGUCCAUUUCUGAUGGUCAAUAUUUUAUAUUAAAAAUGUUUGGUUCCAGUUACACCGUUUUGUGAACCACUACUGGCCAAAUGAUGUAGUUCUGUUUGAGAUAUUUUUAUAGUGUAUCUGUAGACAUAAUUAGGCCUAUUGAUUUUCUCUUUCUGUGUACAUAUUUAAUCUACCCCACAUGUUGUAUCUUUUAAGAGGGUGUUUUGGUCUUUUCCCUCCUUUCUGUUAAAUACCGAUUAACUUCAAAAUUCAGUAAUCAACAUUUAAAACUCAUCUAGUUUUCUAAUUUAUAAAAAAUGUACAUAGUCUAAAACCUCUCUAACAGAAUUUAAGAGACCAAUAAAAUAAUUCACUAAAAUUAUGACUUCAAAAUUUUCUGUAUUAUUUUUUGUUGCACCAAUUUGUGAUUUUACAAAAAACUGUUAAAAUUAUAAACAAGGCUAUUUCAAAACUGUUUCUUGAUUGUAUUUGUAGAAAGGAUUU